UCAAGUCACAAACAUGCUUUUGUUUUGCAGUGUUGAUAAAACAAGUACAUUGUGACCUCAAAUUUGAGAGGGGAUUGAGAGUGAAAAUCAAAUACGGAGUACAUUACCUAAGCUUGAGAGGUUGUACUAGUUUUGGACAUUCUAAACGCUACCAUGUUGUUUGAUAGGAUUACUCACUGAGAAUGGAAGAUUAGAUAUUGAAUAUCUGAGAGUUGGAAAGUUGUUUAAAGAAAAGAGAAAUGAAGUGUUAACAUAUUUAAGCCAAAGUAUUCAAAAAUUUGAGAAAUGAAGUGUUUACAUAGUUAACCCCCAUGGUUUGAGGUACCCAUUGACUCAUUGAGAAGUGUUCAAAAAUGGACAAAUGGAAACCUGUCUUUAUUUCUCAUCCUUCCUGUUCCUGGGUUCUCUUAGCUGUCGAUAUCACCACCGUUUGUUGCAAUUUGAAGGCGCUUGGGCUUUAAACACUUCUACCAUGCAGCAAUCCUAAUUCGCGAGAAAUUUUUGGGUGCCGAGAGCAGUGGUGGCUUCAGAAUUUUAGUUCAGCGGUGAUAAAAUUACAAAAAAAAAAAAUUGUAUGCAAAGCUCUAUGAAAAAUGCACAUAUUUAUAUUUGGAUAAAAUUUUAGUAGGCCUAAUCUAUUAUGUAUAUUUGAGCUGUAGUACCUACACACUUACAAACUUAAGUGAUUUUUCACUUACUUUGACUAUAUAUGAAUGAUUCGAUGCCAAUAGCAUUUUUUUGAAUCCAGCCCCCUGGAAAUCCAGUAGGCCCGCCCCUGGCCGGGAGGGUACCACGUCGCAUCCAUACAUGGUGCCCAUUAACCAAUCAGAGGAAGACAACUAUUCUUUGAUGCAGUAUUCGGUCAACAAUUAACCCUUGAAGAUAACGAAGAGAAUAACAGCAAUUUAAAUUUCUCUCUCCAUUUCCGCUUCCCCAAUAAUAGUCAAAAGGCUCAAAACACAGACAAAGUCAGAGCACCAUCUAUGGCGACCGAAAGCAGCUCCAGUACUUGCCGGCAACUCAAGAAGACCAAGCAGCCCUCUCAUAGCCCCCUCUCGACGGACGAUUCUCUCCUACUUCCGCUUCUCCCGCCGGAAAUCAUCUUUGAGGUACUAUCUAGACUACCCGUCAAGUCUCUGUUGCGAUUCAAGUGCGUUUCUAAAUCAUGGCGUUCUUUGAUAUCUCAACCCGAAUUCGUGAAAGCCCAUCACAGUUUAGCAUCAGUGAACACUGAUUAUACCCACCACAGACUCCUCCUAAUCUAUUUCAAAUCCUAUCCCCGUGUUGAUUUCAAGUCAUGCUCCCUUUACUCUGUCGUGAAUGAGAAAUCUGAUACCGCUGUUGACCUUGAUUGCCCUGUGAGUGUGUAUCAUAAUACAACAUGGGUUGUUGGUUGCUGCUAUGGCUUAGUGUGCUUCGUAGCUGGAAAGGAAGUAUCGAUAUGGAACCCGUCUACUAGAAAAUCCAAGAGAUUGCCGGAUGUUGAAAUGGUAAACCACUACUUGAAGACGUAUGGGUUUGGAUAUGAUGAGUCUGUCGAUGAUUUCAAGGUGGUGGGAUUCUUUUGUGAUCCACGUAAUAGUGGGCAUGAGGUUGAAGUGAGGGUUUAUACAUUAAGGACUGAUUCAUGGAGGAGGACUAAAGGCUUUCUUGGCCAUCUUCCUCCGCAUGUUUCGCAGGCAUUUGUGAGUGGGGCGCUCCAUUGGUUUUCACGUGGCAAUGGCAGUAGGGUUAUUGUUUCUUUUGAUCUGUUGAAGGAAACGUUUGGAGAGGUUGCGGAACCUGAUUAUCAAGAUGGUCUUCAUCCGGCCAGGUUGGAUGCUUUAAAUGGAUGCCUCUGUAUACUUCGUACCUUCAAAGAUUUUCUUGAUGUAUGGGUAAUGAAAGAAUAUGGAACUAGAGAGUCUUGGACCAAGUUGGUGGUCAUACCUUAUGUUUCAGGUCCAUAUUAUGUGUGUUUUCCACUAUUGUGGACUUCGAAGAUCGGUGAAGUCUUAUUGGGUAUCCAGAAGCAAUUAAUUCGGUACAAUUCCAAAGAUGGCACAUUUAGUUACCCUAAGAUUCACAAUGGGUCAUCGUGUUAUAUUGUGCAUUCCUAUGUUGAGAGCCUCUUCUCACCUGACAUUGAUGCUGAGAGUGGGGUUCAAUGGCAACAGCUGCAACUCCCAUACUGAAGGAAAUGGAGGAAUUUGUGUGAAUGGGGUCCUUCAUUGGACUGCAAGCGGCGAGUCCCAUAAGGUUAUUGUUUCUCUCGAUCUGUUAAAGGAGACUUUUGGAGAGGUUUUGCUUCCUG